AUGCCACGUGGAGCGACGCCGCUCCCCACUGCGCAGGUCGCGGUGCUCAUUGGCGUACGCCUCGCCGAGCCCAUCGCAUACACUGUCAUCUUCCCCUUUAUCAACCAGAUGAUCGAGGAGCUCGGCAUCACAGACAACCCGGACCGCGUGGGGUUUUAUUCCGGCCUCGUCGAGUCGGUGUUCGCAUUCGUCCAGUUCUUUACCGUAUACCAAUGGGCCAAGCUGUCCGACCGUAUAGGUCGUAAGCCCGUCAUCGUCUUUGGCCUGAGUGGCGUUGCCAUUUCCAUCUCCCUGUUCGGCCUGUCGCGCAGCUACGCCGUCAUGCUGCUCUUCCGAUGUAUCGCCGGCGGCCUGAACGGGAAUGUCGCAGUCAUCAAGGCGAGCCUGGGCGACUUGACAGACGAGACCAACUCGACAGAGGCGUUCGCACUGUAUGGCAUGACGUGGACGCUGGGAUCCAUCUUUGGCAAUGCCCUCGGGGGCGCGCUGUCCCACCCGGCGCAGCGGUUUGGGUGGACGGGCGCGGUGUGGAGCGCGUAUCCGUUCUUGCUGCCAUGCCUCACAGCAGGCGUGUGUACCUUGACCGGCCUCGCAUUCGCCAUCAUCGUGUACAAGGAGACGUUGUCAUCACUCGUCGACGCGCGGCGCGUGCUGCCUUUGCGUCUGCGUCUGUUCCCGCCUAAACAAGGAGUGGGCCACCUGCGCAGCGCCUCGCUCGUGAGCGACGCGUCGGUCGAGACGCUCGUAGGCAGCCCGACCUCGCCCAAGAUCGGCAGCGGGUUCGCCAGCUCCCCAACGGAGUCGCCUGGCGACUAUGACUUUGACCCGGACCGCGAGCUCCUCCUUUCACACAGCCAGGCCACCGCCCCCAAGUGGGGGUUCAGGACGCUCCUCCGCCACAGACCGGUACAGGUGUCGAGCCUCACGCUGUUCAUCAACCAGUUUGUGUCGUCUGCAUGGAGUGCGGUGGCGCUGUUAUUCUGGUACGACCGUAACCAUGGAAUGGGCAUGUCUGCCGCGGCGAUCGGCGGCGCCCUCGCCAUCAACGGCAUGGUCACGGUAGUCAGCCAGCUGCUCCUCCUCACACGCCUGCAGCGCGCACUGGGUCUCGUGCCGGCGUACAGGCUGCUGACGGGCGGGUGGGUGCUGUCGUGGAUCAUCCUGCCGCGCCUGCGUGACGUGCUUGAAUGGGCCGAAUCGCCCGUCCCAGGUGGCGACGGCGGGUAUGGUCCGCUCAACUUUUCGCUGCUCAUGGUCAUUGUCAACAAUGCGGCGCCGGACAGGUCCGCCCUCGGUGCCGUGAACGGCAUCUCGUCAUCGGUCGGCUGUCUGGCCAAGAUGCUAGGCCCCAGCAUCGUUAGCGCGCUGUUUGCCGUCUCGGUCGACAGGCAGCUGCUCGGCGGCCGGCUAUGGUGGCUGUUCAUGGUCGCGGCCAGCGUGUGUAACUUUGGUGCGAGCCUGCUGGUGACAGAGGACAGCAGUACGCACCGCCGCGUCGUGUUUGACGACGACGACGACGAUGACGACGAAUGA